AUGUCUUCAACCACAAUGAACUGCCCCGUCGUUGGAACCACCAACACCACUCUGCCCCCUUCGCACCCAGACAUCGAUCUGAACAAGCCAGGCCAGACCUGCCCUGUCGUCGGUGCUACAACGGACCACCACCACAACCUUCACAAGCACCCUCAAGUUCCCCACCCCGGACUCUCCACCGAGCACAACCACGACGAUGCGAAUGCCUGCCCCGUCUUGACGGGCAAGCUCGUCAACGAGCCCAAGAGCCAGCAAAUGGAUGAUCAGGUCUGCCCUGUCGUAGGAACUGCCACCACGGUUCUCCCUCCCGAUCACCCUUCCACUGAGGGCAAGGCAGGCGAUGCUAUCUGCCCGGUGACCAAGGCGAGGGUUGACCACCACAAGGGGAAGCUGCAUGGGCACCCUGACGUGAGCCAUGCUAGUGCUGGGGCUGUUUGCCCUGUUGCUGGAGUCAGGGCCUCCUAA